AUGCCGGCAUUGAUCCGCCAAAACACACCAACCCAACGCAGUUACACCGCCCUCCUUCGCUUCGAGCUCGCGGCGUUAGACCAGAAGAGAAAGUUCCAACGGCCGGGAUCUAACGCUAGAGACAAAUCGUCGAUUCAAAUGUGCCGAGAUGGUCGAUUCUGGGUGGUCAGCCAACGGUCAAGUAACGCCCCUAGCCCACAGGCUCGCCGCCUACACACGACAAUGCAGUUGUACAAAACAGCCAUUGUUAUUGCAUUCAUUGCAUAUGAUAAAGAGACAACAGGCGAGGUUCUUAGGGAUGGGGGUGCGCGGCUGAUCAGGUUGAAAUACAUCAGCAUUGCUGUUACACAGCCAGCUCAUCAGACACUCAUGGAUUCUUACAUGUUUGUGAGCCCUGAGUCACUGAUUAACAUUGGGUUUAAUUCCGUUUAA